AUAUUUACUCAUUCUGAAGGCAACUAGGGUCUUCUCUGCGAGUGAGUGAGAGAGAGAGGAGGCAGCUCAGACCAACCAGUAGCGGCGGCGCAGCGACAACAACAACCCUUUCACCAUGGGGAGAAUGCACAGCAGAGGUAAGGGUAUGUCAGCUUCGGCUCUGCCCUACAAGAGGACCCCUCCUAGCUGGUUGAAGAUCUCUACUCAGGACGUUGAGGAGAGUAUUUGCAAGUUUGCCAAGAAGGGGCUGACACCUUCUCAAAUUGGUGUCAUCCUUCGUGAUUCUCAUGGAAUUGCCCAGGUGAAGAGUGUCACUGGCAGCAAGAUAUUGCGUAUUCUUAAGGCCCAUGGUCUUGCCCCUGAAAUUCCAGAGGAUUUGUACCACCUCAUCAAGAAGGCAGUCUCCAUCAGGAAGCAUUUGGAGAGGAACAGGAAGGAUAAGGACUCCAAAUUCAGGCUGAUCCUUGUUGAGAGCAGAAUCCAUCGCCUUGCCCGUUAUUACAAGAAGACAAAGAAGCUUCCACCAGUCUGGAGAUAUGAAUCUACCACCGCCAGCACUCUUGUGGCUUAAGUCUGAUAUGGUUGGGAACAGUUUUGGGUGUACUUCCAAAUGAGCAGGAAUUGUUUUAAUUUUCUUUUGGUUUCCUGAACUACAUUAGAAUCUAUAUGGCAGAAACAGUCCUUGGUAGUUUGUGUACUUUUGGAUAUCUACAUCAAGUGUUGACAUUUAUUUGAUGGGAUUGUUUU